AUGUCUGACGCAUCAGAACCUCUCAGGGGUACAGGCGUACCAUCAUCAAAGCCCAAGCAGGGCAUCAUCUACGAAAUACCAUCGGUUGUCAAAUCAGAUUUGCGCGGGCCAAAGGAGGUGUCUAAAGUUAGCGAACUAGCACUGAAACAGCAUUUCAAAUGCAGCACCAACAAGCAUCAAGACGAUUUGGUGGAUGAGGGUUACUUUUCGCCUUCGCCAACGCCUAUAGAAUCCGAGAUCGAGUUUUUAAGCGGACCAGCGAGAUCUGCCCGCGAAGUCGAGGAGGCUCCACUGACACCACAAUUUGCCAUCAACGACAUUCUCCUGGAGCUUCCUCAAAUUCACGUGACGGACGAGAAGGGUGAAAUAGAAAUUAUUGCGCCGGACGACAACGAGCAUGGACAGCUCUGGGACUUUGCCCGAGAUAAAAUUGCUCGACGAAUGUUCAUUAUUCGAGCUGAUAGACGAACGCAACAUAUGGAGUCAACAUUCUACUCUGACCUCUAUCCUGUAAGGCAACAUCUGAAUCUUCUGCAACUCGACAAGUGUCUAACGCUCCGUCCAAUCCGCCAAGCACGAACAGAAAGCGCGACUUUCUCAGCAGCCUACAUCUCCUACAUGAACGGGCAGCGUAGCAGGGCUCACCCUCAUUCCGCUGGCAACGGAGGAGAAGGAAGCCAGCUAACCGACGCGGAAUCAAUCGUCUACGAAUCUCACACCUCCAACCACAUCACCAUCAUCACCCCGAUCGCUCCAAAAGUUUUGCUAGCCGUUACUGGGUCCAUAUCAACUACGAAAGAACAGGACGCUCCUGCUCAGGGUGGUGACGAGCACAACGAGGGUCUAUCAGAGGACGCGCCCUCAACCGCAGCAACAUCUCCACCUGCCUCACCCCCGUCACCACCACUUGAGCGUUCUGGCGGCCCGAACGGGUUUCUGGAACCGCCGAAAUCACUCCUGGAAGAACUCGGAUCGAUAUCCGAACAGUUGUCUUCCGUCUUGAGGGAGGAAAUGGGUCAGAUGCGGUGGCCCGAUGGGGCUUGA